UGAAUAGCUACUAGGCCCAACAAAUGUGAACGAAGCGUUGUCGUAUUGCUACGAGCAAAUUUUUCUGGCCUGCUGCGUUGUCUUCCUCACGGAAGUUGCAGGAAUGAGUAAUAAUUCAAUGGCAAUGGAGGCUGCAUCUCUGCGACACGCAAUUUUUGCAACAAAUCGAAGAAACCCAGUUGGGUUUAAGCCAUCGACUCAUUCAAGGAGGAAGAUUAGACUGCAACGGUCUCGCUUUCGCUCUGGUACUAUCUCUUCUUACAAGGAAGAUUUUCAGGGGUAUGCUAGACCUUCAAGUCUUUUGCCAGCCACAGACGUGAAGGUCUGUACAGAAACCUUGCAAGAAAAGAUUUUCUCAUCUAUCAGCUUGGAUAGACCUCAGUCCUUGUAUAAAGUUAAGCUACGGACAAGUAACAUCUAUGGAUCAAGUCUGAGCGACAUGAAUGCUGGAAUUCUUUUGUGCUUGAUAAAUGAAAAGGGUGACUCAAUAUUACAGAGGAUACCUGCAUGUUCGAUGAAUAGUCAUUCUGCAGAUUUAGAGAACUUGGUUCAACCUGAAGUACUCCAUUUCCAAAAAGGUUCUGUGGAUGAAUUCAUCUUUGAGGGACCUGAACUGGGGAAAGUUGAAGCGCUUUGGAUCAGCCUUGGAUCAGGUCAGUGGAGAUUAGAAGGUGUCACUCUGACCAUCUUUUGUAAAUGUCAGCCUUCAUUGGAAGAAAAUAAUGGGGAAGAUGUUAAGUAUGUUGGUUUUCAGUAUGACUUCAACAUCGAUAAUAUCUUGCUCGGAGAUGGAGGCAGCAUGUCAAUGGUGGAAUUAAGACCUUGCCUUGUCACUGAAUUGUCUGGGGUUAACCCCACCAACUUGUUGAGUACAAGCUUUUCUCAACCUAAUUCACUUUUGGAGGAAGGGAUAAGUAAGGAGGAAAGCAUGAAGGAGUACUCAGAUUUGAAGUUGUCCUUGUUACUCUAUGAUGCUGCUCUAAUCUUUGUUGGUACCUCACUUGCAUCAUUCUCAUCUGGGGAAAGGUCAGCUUCUGCAUUCUUAAUUGGUGGUGUCCUUGGCUUUCUAUAUUUGUUGCUAGUGCAAAGAUCUGUUGAUGAAUUACCAGCUGCAGAACCAAUUUCUGAGAUUAAUGCAGAAGGCAAUAAUAAUAGAAUGGGUGGCCUAAAGGGUCCGCUAUUAAGGUUUGCAUUAAUCGUGGGAUUUUCUGCUCUAGCAGUCAAGUAUAGCACAGCUGAUGUAUCAUUUGUUUUGACUCCUAAAGAACUCCUGCUUGGGAUGAUGGGAUUUCUUUCAUGUAAAGUAGCAGUGAUUUUGGCAACGUUUAAGCCCUUGCCAUUGAGCCUAAAGGAAAAGGAGUGAAGCAUUUUCUGUUCAUCCCCUAGCUCUAGAUACAUAUCGAAACAUGUAUGGUUAAACAUCAUAUUCAAAACCUUUAUGUAUAGUUAAAAUUCAAUGUUAU